GAAAAUCGAGCUCGUCUGUUGUUUAGCAACAAACUUCUGCCAGCUGCCAUGACUGUUUAUAGCCGGCGCAUUUACAUUGCAAAUGCAAAGAAUAACACAAUCGAGCAGUACAGUGGUGGUUCAUUACAAGUUGGAACGGUUGUGUGCCAGGGAAUGGUGGUUGUAGCGGUAUCUGCGUACCACUGGGCUAUGGCAUGCUGCCUAACGCUACCAUCCGAUGCUUCUGUGACGAUCAUUUUACGCUUGAUCACUCCACUAAAAUUUGCUCACGAAUUUAUUUCAGCGCCCAAGCAUUUUAUGCUGCUUGCUGUCCGAGGCCGUUUCAUUCGUUUCACUUUCAAACAGGUCGCAAACAACAUAUUAUGGAAUGAAGAUCCCUAUUCAAUGUUAUCAGUGCAGAGCGUUGGUGCACCAGUUUCAGUGGGCGUUGAUUUGUUUUCGCCGAAUCGUGCCAUUUACUGGAUUGAUUCGUACGACGAUAAAGUUAUCAAGCGAUCGUCUGAUUUGUCACCUACCACAAUCUUUUUAUCACGACGCUCGAACUGCGCUGCACUGUUCCAUUUGGCAGUAGAUGAAGUUGGCCGACAGCUGUUCGUUUCAUGUGCGGAAUAUGGCUUAAAUCAUGCAUCGUCCAUUCAUGUCUGGCGUAUAAAGAAUAAUGAUCAUUUGGAAUAUAUUGGAGUCGUUGUUUCCGGACGGGAACGCUCACCUGUAACGGAUCGGCCUCCUCUACCCCGACAAAUAGCUCUUUUUUCGAGGCUAAACCUUCUAUUUUACGUGGAUGAUAGUGGCCCGAGCCCUGUGAUUAUUCGCUGCUCCCUGGAUGGUCGCCAGUGCAUACAGUGGGAAGCGCCUAAUCUAACGCAUAAUGUGAAGCUACACGCUUAUCAACUCAAUGAUCGUUUAUACUACACAGCAGCUAAUGGUUUGUAUUUAUUGAUUUAA